UAUAUGUCAUAUAUGUUCGUCACAAGAGUCAAGAGUGAGAAUCACGUAAAACCGAUCAGAAAAUCACCGGUCUUAUACAUAUUAGUUACAUAACAGAUAGGCUGAUAAUUGUCAUUAUCGGCCGUGUGUAAACGACGAGUGGGGAGUUUCAGCAGUAAUAUCGCAAACAGGAACACGCUUACUGUCAUCCAUGGCUCAGGCUUUACAGACACACGGGGUUAUACCAGAUGUAGUGGAUAAGGUGCCCGCAGAUGUGCUGAAUGUCACCUAUCCCAAUAAUAUCACUGUUGAAAUCGGCAAAGUGCUCACUCCGACUCAAGUCAAGGAUCAGCCUACUGUUGAAUGGAAAGGAGAUGCGAAUUUAUUUUAUACUUUGUGCAUGACUGAUCCUGAUGCUCCGAGCAGACAGAAUCCCAAAUUUCGUGAAUGGCAUCAUUGGUUGGUAGGCAAUAUCCCUGGAUCAGAUGUUUCUAAAGGAGAUGUUCUGUCCCAGUACAUCGGUUCCGGACCUCCGAAAGGUACAGGUCUUCAUCGAUAUGUGUUCCUGUUGUACAAACAACCUGGCAAACUCACCUUUAAUGAGAAGCGUUUAACCAAUCGAAGCGGUGACAACCGCGGCAAGUUCUCUAUUAAAAAAUUUGCCGCUAAAUAUAAGCUUGGUAACCCGAUUGCUGGUAACAUGUAUCAGGCAGAGUUCGACGAUUAUGUGCCUAUUCUUUAUAAACAACUCGAGGGUUAAAUUUAUACAGUUUGAAACAACGCAAUGAAACAUAUGUAAACAUACUGUACAACAAACUGUUGAAUAAAUACAUAUUAAGCAUUUUUUUCAGCA